UGGAACAACUUGUUGCUUCAACCACUUGACUCCUCAGCCGGCCACCUCCUUUUGGAGGAAAGGGAACCAUCGGGAAUAGCUGCUCUGCUACCUCAGCCUGUACAAUUUUGGCUAAUUUAUGUGAAAUUUUGUCGUUUUUGGAGGCAGAAGCCUCUGUAGGCCAGCGCUAUGGACUUUCUUGAGUUUUGGGUGGUCAGAAUGGGUAUGAAGAGGGAAAUCCUUUGCAAAGCACCUUCUGAAGCUCCCUUCUGGAAUGGAUUACCAAACUGAGUUUGUAGACUAAACAAUUGCAAUUGCCAAAUCUUUUACUUUUUUCAGAACAGGUCGAUCGAGAAACCGUCUGAAAGUAACCUGUGGACUUGCACUUUUUUUUCUUUUUUUUUUUCUUUAUUCAUUACAUUUUAAAGAAGAAAACAUGGCUUUGUGGGUUAUCAAAUUUGACCUGCCCAAGCGUAUCAAGCUUGCCCAGGGACUCUGGAUCCUGUACUGGCUCUCGGUUAUGGGAGGGAUCCUCAUUUUUAGCAUGGGCCUUUUCUUCAAGAUUGAGCUCCGCAAGAGGAGUGAGAUGAUGGACAACAAUGAGUCUCAUUUUGUGCCCAACCUGCUUAUUCUGGUUGGCCUCACUGCUUGCGGCAUCAAUGCCUUUGGUGGCAAGGUGUGCCACGACUCGCUUGAUACAGCCAAGUUCGCCAAGUGGAAACCCAUGGUGAAGAACUACCUGUACGGAUGUUUCGCCUUCUGCAUCAUCCUGUUCAUCGUGGCUCUGCUGUGCUUCCUGGUUCAGGUUUCCCUGCAUUUUGCCUUGGCAGAAGGUCUGAAGAAUGGAAUGAAGUACUACAGGGACACAGACACGCCAGGAAGAUGCUUCAUGAAGAGGACCCUGGACAUGACCCAGAUCGAGUUCCGCUGCUGUGGCAACAACAACUUCAGGGACUGGUUUGAGAUCCAGUGGAUUAGCAACCGCUACCUCGAUUUCAGCAACGAUGAAAUUAAAGAUCGCGUCACAAGCAACGUUGAAGGCAAGUUCCUUAUGGACAGCGUUCCCUUCAGCUGCUGCAACCCUGGUUCCCCAAGACCCUGCAUCCAGCAUCACCUGACCAACAACUCUGCUCACUAUGACUACGAUCAUCACACUGAAGAACUCAACAUCUGGACAAGAGGCUGCCGCGAGGCCCUGGUGUCCUACUAUGGGGGGAUGAUGAACAGCAUUGGAGCUCUUGUUCUGCUAGUUAUGCUUUUGGAGAUAGCAGAUAUGGUUGGACUGAAGUACCUGACAACCUCUUUGGAGACCUUGGAGAACCCAGAGAACCCAGAAAGCGAGAGUGAGGGUUGGCUGCUGGAGAAGAGUGUGAAGGAGACCAUGUCUGGCAUCAUGGAGAAGAUCAAGACCUUUGGCAAGGGCAACCAGGUGGAGGGGGAGGGGGCAGAAGCUCCUGCCACAAGCUGAGAUGAUCACACCUUUAACUUUGGGACUGUUAAAGCUUAAUUGAGAGAGAAAAAUUAAUUAAAGUUAUUCUCUCUGUGGAAAACACAUGCACAAAUUUCAUUAAUACAAACCCACAGGUGCACAUCCACAUACUGUACUAUCACAAAAGUGAACAAGAGAGAAAAUAGAUGCAUCCCUUGAAGAAACCCUAUAAUUGGGUUGAGCACUAAUUGAUUUAAACCAUUUGUUCAUGUGCAUGUCCACGUAAAUAUGUAAAUACACAUUCUAUAUAAAUUAUAACGAGAGUUUAUUUUUAAAGAUAUAUAACGAUUGUUGACUUAGAAAAGCUACCUCCUGCCCCUAACCACGUUUCAAACCAAGUUCCCAACCAGGCUUCAUGGUCCAGUGGGGUCUCUUGCAUAGUGAGCGAGGCCGACCUUCACGUCUACACUUGCAUUUCUGGUUGAGCGGAUGUUUAACCCGACAGCCUCACACAUUCGAUCAGAUCUUCCAUGGAAAUUUCCUGGAAGAACAAAAAUAUUCUUAUGUUCAAAACAUAAUUACUCAACCUAUUAAUCAUAAAACAGUGAUGACACUCUUAUGGCAGCUUUCAAAAGGCAGCUGAGAAUUACAUGACCUCUGAUUGGUGUCCAGGCUUCCACGAUUAAGGAGGAGCCACACUCUGCCGUUUGGCCAAUGUGAACGCAUCCCGCAUGGUCCAGUGAACCUAACCAUCAGCCAGGUCUAUGAUGAACUGAAGAACAGGACAGGAAAGAACUGUAAAGUUAGGUGGUGUGCAGGCUGCUGGUUGAGCAUGGUUGAGUUGCACCGGUGUGUGAACCUCUCGGGUUAAAUAUCUGCGUGAAGUGUAAAGUGUGGAGGAGGUGGUAAAGCUCCUCUGAGCAGUCUCUGAGGCCUGCGUGCAGAGAACAGUGGGACAGAGCGUUUUUGUACAGAACUUGGACCGUCAACAAGAGUAAGAAGUUGUUGUGAAGAGUACCAGCCUGUUUGAGGAGUUAGAUGUUGGUCAGUUUUUUUAAACACUUAUAAUGUCAGGGGAAAAAAAACAAAAACAAAAAAAAACUGUGGUGUUUGUUUUCUUUUGGGUGACUUACCUUUGUAAUUUUGCCCGGAACCUCUUUCUGUACACCUGAACUUUUGACCUCAGAGUAUUACUGUCGUGGGUUGGGAUGAACGUGUAGUGUGUGUGAAGAUAAAGAUGUUGAAAUAGA